CUCAAUCUGGUUUCAUAAAUCCUCAAUAUUGGAUAAAGGAAGUUUUGUUCAUACUUUCUAGGGCAGGGCUUUGGAGGGGAAUCGAAGUUGGAGCAAAAGUGAUGGCUCAAGCUAUUGAAGAAUGGUACAAACAGAUGCCCAUCAUCACCCGUUCGUAUCUCACAGCUGCAGUCGUUACCACCAUCGGUUGUUCUCUCGAGAUCAUAUCUCCUUAUAAUUUGUACUUGAACCCAAGACUUGUGGUGAAGCAUUACCAGUUCUGGCGCCUCGUCACAAAUUUCCUCUACUUCCGAAAAAUGGACUUGGACUUCCUGUUCCACAUGUUCUUUCUUGCUAGAUAUUGUAAACUUCUUGAAGAGAAUUCUUUCAGGGGAAGGACUGCUGAUUUCUUUUAUAUGAUCUUAUUUGGAGCUACUGCUUUAACUGGGAUAGUUCUUAUAGGAGGAAGUAUCCCUUAUGUCUCAGAGACAUUUGCUAAGAUCAUAUUCUUAAGCAAUUCACUCACAUUCAUGAUGGUUUAUGUGUGGAGCAAGCAUAAUCCUUUCAUUCAUAUGAGUUUCUUGGGCCUAUUUACAUUUACAGCAGCAUAUCUUCCAUGGGUUCUUCUAGGUUUCUCUGUUCUCGUUGGAGCUAGUGCCUGGGUUGAUCUUUUGGGAAUGAUAGCUGGGCAUGCAUACUACUUUCUUGAAGACGUAUAUCCACGAAUGACUGGACGGAGACCCCUCAAGACUCCAGCUUUGAUUAGGUCACUUUUUGCAGAAGAACCAGUUGUGAUGGUAAGGGCUGGAAAUGUAAGAUUUGCGCCACCCCCACUUCUAGAAGAAGAAGAAGAAGAAGCUCAUCAGGAUUAGUAGCAAUAUUUUGAUGAACAGAGAUGGGGAUGGUGCAAUCUGGUUGAGGGAAAGUGGUUUCUGGUUUAGGGUUUACUUCUUUGGAGGCUGCAAAAUGGUACAUAGUGUUUGAAAAGGCAUGAUACUUUUCAUGCAAGUUCACAGCUAUUUGUUCAAUUUGUUUAAAAAGUAAACCAAAACUUUCUGCAAGGAAUACAACAAUGGUAGAAGCACUGCAAGAGAGUUAUUAACAUUUUUUUGUUUUUUCAACAUCCAUCCAUCCACUUGAGCAGAACAUUUGUUUUAGCAGUGGAAUUCUGGUUUUAGUCCAAAUUUGUGGUUGGACAUAAAAUAUACUUUUUUUUUGUAUUUUCCAGUA